AUGUCAUACACUGAGCUUUAUCCCUCCUUGUUGCAAAAGGGGCUGGUGGUUCCCAGACCUAUGGGACCUCCACCUGACCGUCUUCCUCCAUGGUACAACCCUAAUGCACAUUGUCCUUUUCAUGAAGAUGCCCCCGGGCAUGACUUAGAGGGUUGUUACGCUCUGAAGCAUAGGGUUCGUGAGCUAAUUGAAAGGAAGAUCUUGUCUUUUAAGGACAUGGGACCGAAUGUGAAGAACAAUCCUCUUCCUCCCCAUGGAGAUCCUACGGUGAACGCCAUUGAAGAUGCAUCUACUGUUGUUAUGGUUGAGAAGGUGGAGGAUGUUAAGACUCCUUUGGCAGCAUUCCAUGCACGAUUGGUAGAAGCUGGCCUGGUUAAUGUUGAUCAUGACAACUGUGAAGAGUGUGCCACACGCCCAAGAGGAUGUCAAGUGGUACGAGACAACAUUCAAAAUUUGAUGGAUAAGGGAGUGCUUCAAAUAUCCAGUGCUGUGAAGAACGAAGAUGUGUUGGUAAUUGAACCUUGUUUCAAUUUAGCUGAACCAAUUGAAAUCCCAUAUUAUAGUGGUGGAGUGGUCCCGGUGAACAGUAAGUCGUCGCCUGUCGAGAUAUGUAUGCCCACGCCUUUUCCAUACGAGAGCACCAAGGUUGUACCUUGGAAAUAUGAGAUUACUGUUGUAGACAAGGUAGUUGAUGGAAGUUCAGACGCUGAAGUGACAGAAGCUGUAAGUGAAGACGUCACCAAUAUUGCAGGAAUGAGCAGAAUGACCCGUAGUGGUCGAAUCUAUACGCCCGAAUUCAACGUGACUCCUCAAGGGCCGACCAAGGAAUCAACAGUUGUAGCUCCCACUAAAGAACCCGAAGUGGUCCAAUCCGAAGAUGCUGUUGAAUUCUUGAAGUUAAUCAAGAGAAGUGACUACAAGGUUAUGGACCAGUUGCAUCAAACACCAUCUAAGAUCUCUAUUUUGUCCCUGCUAUUGAACUCCCAAGCCCAUAGGGAGGCUUUGUUGAAGGUGCUUGCUCAAGCUCAUGUAACACAAAGCAUAACAGUUGACCAAUUUGAUGGAGUUGUGGCAAAUAUCACAGCUUGCAAUACUUUGAGCUUCAGUGCAGAGGAAUUACCUGAGGAUGGACAAAAUCAUAAUCGUGCCCUCCAUAUCUCGGUAAAAUGCAAAGAUGAUGCUUUGGCAAGAGUGUUGGUUGAUACUGGAUCUUCUCUGAAUACUAUGCCAAAGAGAACACUCGCCAAGUUAUCUUAUCAAGGACCAGCUAUGAAGCCUAGCGCCUUGGUAGUGAAAGCUUUUGAUGGGGCAGUUACCUUCACUUUACAUCAAAAAAUGAAGUUUGUAAUGGACAAUCAAUUAAUCAUCAUUUCUGGAGAAGAGGACUUUGUGGACCCUAUUGGGAAAGCUUGUUCAUCUUUCGCGUCUCUGAAAAGCGCAAAGUCUAGCGUCGAAGGAGGAAACCCUGAAGGCUGGGGUGAACUUAUUGAUAUUCGUGAGAAGCAUGAUCGCUUUGGUCUGGGAUAUGUGCCUCCCGCUGCGAAAGGAGCCCGAUUCCCUACAAAGGACAACACCCGAAGCAUCCAGGAAGUAUUCCUCAGCACAGGAUUCAUCCAUGGAGAUCAAGUCAAUGCAAUUGAAGAUAGCACCGCAAAUGAAGAUGAGCCAUGUUUGGAUAUGCCAGGUCUAGACACCGACAUCGUUGAGCACAAGCUGCCACUUCAGCCAGAUUGCCCGCCAGUAAAACAGAAACUCCGAAGAACGAGACCAGAUAUGGCUCUGAAGAUUCGUGAAGAAGUCAAACGACAAUUUGACGUUGGUUUUCUCGCAGUGGCGAAGUACUCAGAAUGGGUAGCUAACAUUGUACUUGUGCCUAAAAAGGAUGGCAAGUGUUGUCAAGUCAUGUAUGAACUUGUUGAUACACUCUUUUUGAUAUUUCUGUUUGUUGUCAAGUCAUGUUUGAACUUGCUGUCAGAACCGUUUUUGAUCAUGUCUGAACCUAUUUUGAAGAAUCUUUUUCUUUGA